AUGACGCGAAUACUCUUAUCCUAUCAACCCAAAAAUCCAUUCUUUACUCUCAUCAUGAUGGUUAAUAAGAAUAACUAUACGGAUGAGCCCUGUACGGAACCUUAUUUUCUAGCUGUAGAUCCUCAGAAAAUCACUCCUAAUCAUUUGGAUUUUAGUAAUGGAUUGUUUGUGAGUGAGAUUAAGGAACAAUUAUAUUUACAUAGUGAGGAACCUUGUUGGUUUGGAUUGACAGCAAAGGGGAAAAUUGCAAUCAUGAUCGAUGUUCAUAAGAGUGCUGAUUUUAAUAGGACAUUUCUUGAUAAAUGUAAGAGAAUUAGUUUGGCAUCGUUUGAAACAGUUGAGGAGACUCUUGGAGUUGAUGAUUCCGUUGAUUUGAGGUCGGAAUCUGCUGCCUCUCCUGGAGCUCUCUCAACAACAGAUUCUGUAACAACUGAUAGACCUAAAAAAUAUGAGAGGAGAAAGGAAUUAAAAGUGGACCAUUUAACCAAAAUGAAAAAUGAUGUCAAGCUGCUAAUUGUGAAGGAUUACUUACAUUCAAAUUUGAAUCCUAUUGAGUAUCUUCAAAAAGUUGCAAUCAAGAUUCGUCACUUGGAUGGAUUCAAUUUAUUAAUUGGAGAUUUUUCGAAGGGAAUGUAUUUCUAUUCAAAUAAGGAUAAGGAAAAAUGUAUUUACGAAUUGGUGCAAGGAGAGUAUGCUCUGGGGCCUGUUCCAGGUCUUGACACCUGUACAGAAGUGUUUGAAUGUGUAGAUAGAGCAAAGAGAGAGUUUUUAAAAAUUGUAAAUUCUAUUGGAGGCCAUGAACUGGAGGAAGUUCCAACAGAUCCAGAUUUAUUGAACUUUUGGAUUGAUGAGAAAAAGGCCACUGUCAAGGAAAAACGAAAACAACUCUCCGAGACAUCAACCAUAAGGUCACUCUUUCAAAUUUGUGAGAGAGAGGAUAAGCUCAUCAUUGAUGACAAUGACAUGGAUCAGUAUCUUGCAUUAACCCCAACUUUGAAAGAUCUAUUGAGCUCAAUGUUUAUUAAUCACCCUGUUUUUGGAACUGAACUUAACAUGCUAAUGAUUUUGCAUGAUAACAAUCAAUUCCCAACAGAUGAUGAAAUCAUCAAGUCGUUUGGUAAGAAAGUUGCAACCUUCACCAAAAAGAAGAAAGGCAGUUUGCUAAGAACUAGCUCUGGUAACAUUGUACCAACAAGACCAAUUUCUAUUGAAACUCCUGAAAAGCCUCCUCCACCAAUGUUUAGUAUUGAUAGAAAGAAGUACUUGUGCAAUUUAUACAUUAGAAAAUACGAUCAAGAAUUGUUGACCCAAGUCAGGGAAGGUCAUUUCGAUAAAGAUGACUUUUGGGAAACAAUCAUUCCAAAGAGAGGGCAGAUUGAAGAUACAUUCUACAAAUCAAUUAUGCAAUAUUUUUAUGUGGAUACAAAUGUCGACUAA